AUGGCAUCUGUAUCAGAUGUCUGCGUCCAUGAGAGAGCCUCUUCUGGGACGUUUAUGUCGACCCACCAUGCUGGCAAAAACUUGCCGGCUGAGGGACGAUCGGGAAAUCAAGAGCACCUAUGGGCACCCCUUAACCUUCACUCCUCUCCACCCCUAUCCUCACUCUCAUCUCCAGCCCUCGACCUCACUCCCAGCCUCGACCUCACUAUCUCCAGCCUCGACCUCACUAUCUCCAACCCUCAUUAUCUCAGCCCUCAACCUUCACUAUCCCAACCUUCUGACCUCAUUAUUCCAGCCUCAACCCUCACUAUCUCCAACCUCAACCCUCAUCAUCUCCAGCAGCCCUCGACCCUCACUCAUCUCCAACCCUCAUUAUCUCCAGCCCUCAACCUUCACCAUCUCCAACCUGACCUCAUUCCAGCCUCAACCCUCACUAUUCCACCCUCAACCCUUCAUCAUCUCCAGCCUCAACCCUCACUUAUCUCCAGCUCAACCCUCACUAUCUCCAGCCUCGACCUCACCAUUCUCAACCCUCUAUCUCCAGCCUCAACCUCACUAUUCUCCAACUCAACCCUCAUCAUUCCAGCCCUCGACCUCACUAUCUCCAACCCCACAUCUCCAGCCCUCAACCUUCACUUCAUCUCCAACCUUCUGACCCUCAUAUUCCAGCCUCAACCCUCACUCAUUCCAACCCUCAACCCUCACUUCAUCUCCAGCCCUCAACCUCACUAUCUCCAACCUCAACCUCACUAUCUCCAACCCUCAACCCUCAUCAUCUCCAGCCUCACCUCACUAUCUCCAACCUCAACCUCAUUUCUCCGCCCUCAACCUCACUAUCUCCAGCCUCAACCUCAUUAUCUCAGCCCUCAACCACCCAUGACCGCCAGUUCCUCUUUCCCGUUCACCGUCGCCGACUAUAUAGGGAAGGAAGAGUUUCACGAGUCGCCAGCACCAGACUUACGGCUACUGCCACUCACAGCUGCCGCCCCCAGGAACUACCCAAAGAAUUUCUUGACAUCCUAA